GAUUCCAUGUGGCACAUUGUGCCGUUGCUGCUCCUUCUGCUUUGGCCGCUUCCAUGGCUGGUGCAGCACUUCGGGGCGCUUCUGUUGCUUGAGGCAGGAAGCCACAUGGCGCUUUGGGCCGUCUCUGCUGUGGAAAUGGCCCAAAGAGCCAUGUGUCCUGCCGCGAGCAGCAGAAAUGGUGCAAAGCACCAUGCGGCGUCCUGCCGGGAGGAGCGGCAAUGGCGCAAUGUGCCAUAUGGCCGCAAGUCACAGCAAGUGGCCACAGAAGUCAAACAGCGGUGCAACAGGUGUCGGGGUGUGAGAGGCCUGGCUGUGGUGGUCCUAAAUUUGGGUCAUUCUCCAAAAUUAAGACCUAGUGCCUCUUUUGGAGACAAAAAAUAUAUAAGACCAGGUCUUAAUUUGGGGAAAACACGGUAGGUAUUUAAAGAGAAAUUACAAGGAAGCUGACCAAGGAUUUUAUUUCCAUGGCCUUAGAAACGGAAAUAUUGGGUAUACAGGUAGUCCUCAACUUAGGACUACUCAAACUACUUUUAUUGAGAUUGGCUAUAUUUAGAGAAUCUUGUAAGUCUGAAUCAGGGAAGCAUCUCAGCUGCUUCUGAGUAUAAUCUUGUUGCUUUGGACUUUUAAAAUACUUCAGCCCUUUUGCCUAGGUAAUUAUUGCAUAUCUUGGACAAAGUCAUUUCUCCUACUCUCUAUGGCUGUGAAGGUUCUGGGUUCCUUAUCUCUGGAAAUUAAGAGACUGGACACAACCAGCUCUCUUGGGGAGUUUAGUUCAUUUUCCUCUAGCCCUUGCCAACUCCUACAGUUCUUAUUAUUCACACUCUCCACCCCUCCCUGCUUGAUCACUGAUUCAUUUACACCAGCGUUUUUCAAAGUCGGCAGCAGCUUUAAGUCGUGUCGACUUCAACUCCCAGAAUUCCCCAGCCAGCAGGGGAAUUCCGGGAGUUGAACUCCACCCAUCUUAAAGUUGCCAAGUUUGAAAGAGGCCGAUUUAAAGAGCCAUAACAAAUCCCAGCCCAACGGAAGCAAUCAUCUGGUCGCUUGGAAGAGCUGAAAAGCAGACGCCGGGCUGCGGCUCGUAGACCCCAAAUGAGGGAAGCGCACCUUCCAGGAUGCUGUUUAGGGCUUACGGAGGCGCGCCCGCCUCCCAGUGAAAGGAGAAAAACGCGCAUAACAAGCGAUAGCGGAGAAAGUCAUGUCCUUUCGUAAGGUUGUGCGUCAGAGCAAAUUCCGCCACGUCUUUGGACAGCCUGUCAAGAAUGACCAGUGCUAUGACGACAUCCGGGUUUCACGAGUCACCUGGGACAGCACCUUUUGUGCUGUCAACCUCAAGUUUGUGGCAGUAAUUGUCGAGGCCAGUGGAGGGGGGGCCUUUAUGGUGCUCCCGCUGCAAAAGACAGGGCGCAUUGAUAAGUCUUACCCUACCGUGUGUGGGCACACUGGACCAGUUUUGGACAUUGAUUGGUGUCCACAUAAUGAUCAUAUCAUUGCCAGUGGUUCUGAGGAUUGCACUGUUAUGGUAUGGCAGAUCCCAGAGGGUGGCCUCACAGUGCCUCUAACCGAACCAGUGGUGGUUCUGGAAGGACAUUCAAAACGUGUGGGCAUCAUCACGUGGCAUCCGACCGCUCGCAACAUCCUUCUGAGUGCAGGCUGUGAUAAUGUGGUUAUUGUGUGGAAUGUGGGCACUGCAGAAGAGCUUUACUACCUUGACAAUCUGCAUCCUGACAUCAUUUAUAAUGUCAGCUGGAACCGGGAUGGCAGUCUGUUCUGUUCAGCUUGUAAGGACAAAAGUGUGCGCAUCAUUGAUCCACGUCGUGGGCAAGUUGUAGCUGAAAGGGAGAAAGCGUAUGAGGGAGCACGCCCAAUGCGAGCCAUUUUCCUGGCUGAUGGGAAGAUCUUUACAACAGGCUUCAGCCGUAUGAGUGAAAGGCAGCUGGCUCUCUGGGAUCCAGAAAACCUUGAAGAACCUAUGGCAUUGCAGGAACUAGACUCAAGCAAUGGGGCCCUUCUGCCCUUCUACGACCCUGACACCAACAUUAUCUACGUCUGUGGCAAAGGAGAUUCUAGCAUCCGGUAUUUUGAGAUCACAGCAGAAGCACCAUACAUCCACUUCCUGAACACAUUUACUAGCAAAGAACCACAACGUGGCAUGGGUUGGAUGCCCAAGCGGGGUCUGGAUGUCAACAAGUGUGAGAUUGCCAGAUUUUACAAACUCCAUGAGCGCAAGUGUGAACCCAUUAUUAUGACAGUGCCAAGGAAGUCAGAUCUGUUCCAAGAUGACUUGUACCCAGACACAGCUGGGCCGGAAGCUGCCAUGGAGGCAGAGGAAUGGGUGGCAGGGAAGACAGCACCCCCCAUCCUAAUCUCACUGCGUGAAGCCUAUGUACCCACCAAACAGCGGGAUUUCAAGGUCAACCGAAGAAGUUUGUUGCCUGAGGGUCGCCCGGCGGCUCCCUCCAACACUGGGCUGAGUGCCACACCCUCCAGUGCCAUGACUCCAUCCGCUGCCACAUCUGCCCUUGGUGUUACUGCUGCUAGCAGGGAAGGGAGGCAGCUUACUGAAGAGGUGUUGCGUGAAGUGGCAUCCCUGCGGGCGCUUGUGGCUGCACAGGGGGAGCGCAUUGCAAGGCUAGAGUUGCAGUUGAGCCGCAUUGAGAAUGGUGAUUUCUAAUGGGCCUUGCGUGCCCCCCCCCCAAGAGAACCUGACCAACAUGGAGGAUCUCACUUACUUCCCCUUCCUUUGACCUGCCAGUAAUCCCUUCACAUUGCCUCCUGCCCUGUGGGGUGAGACAGGGGCUUGCCCUCUCUUGCUGCUACUGGGAAUGUUUCUUGGGCUUUGUCUCGGACCAAAUCUCCUCUUCCUCUCAUUUCUGCACCCCAUAUUAUCCAAGGGGCCAUAUGCUAGUGCCCUAACCAUUGCUCCUUUGCCUUAUUCUGGUCAAUGGCCUAUUUCCUGUCCCAUUCCCAUGAAUGGGGCCGGCUUAGAUAUCACCCAGGGAGAUUGGGGCUGUCUGACAGCUUGGCCUGGCCUGCCUGUACCCUCCACUUGAGAAUAAGGCUGAGGUUUCCUUAUGAGUCUCUCGUGGCAAGUGUGUGUGUGCACCCGGGGGGUGGGGUGGGGUUGGGGGUGUUAUUGGAAGCCUGGGCCACCUAUAAGUCAGUGGGAGGUGGGAUGCUUUUUCUCAGAUAGGACCAUUGAAAUCCCAUGGAGGAGUUUUCUGCUUCCUUGUCUGAACUUUUUGCAAUGAGAACAUGGAGAGACGUGCAGUAGGGCCAGGUGGUGAAAGGAGCCUGCCUUCUGGUCACAGUCCUCAGGCUACUGUCUCUGGUACCACUCCUCUUUCUGGCUUCCAAAACACAGUGACAAUGGAACAGGGGAAAUUAACUGUUCAGGGUUGAUAUCUAUAUUUUCAUUCCAAAUAAAAAUCUUUAUAGAACUAGA